UCUUUACCGUGAAGCAACGAACUAAAAAAGAGCAUUUUCCCUGGAUCCGAAACCUUGUUAAGGCAGAAUUUUCCCCGCCAAGUUUUAAACAGAGGCGGCAGGAAGGAGGGGAGAAGCAGGGGAGUAUACAUCUCUGUGUAUUGCAGGUGUGUUCGUGUGCACGAGAGAAUGGCGAACAAGCUCAUCAGCCAGAUGGGACUUCCAAAAGCCAUUGCUAACAUUUUUGCAGCUCGUAACAUUGUAACCGCGAAGGAUGCCUUAUCUCUCACUGAAUUUGAGCUAAUGGAGUUGUUAGAUGUGGGGCUGGCUGAAGUAACAACUGCAGUGGCGCACAUCAGCGAAAUGGCGUGUCCACCAUAUCAGACAGCUCUUUCCCUGAUGGAGGAACGGGUCCGAAAUGAAUGCUUGUCUGGACACCUUCCCACACGUCUAAAGGGGCUGGACAACGCCUUAUGUGGAGGAAUACCAUUUGGAACUUUGACUGAAUUGGUUGGCCCAGCAGGAAUUGGAAAAACACAAUUCUGUUUGAAGCUCUCAUUAUUGGCUGCCCUUCCUGCAAGUUAUGGUGGUUUAAAUGGUCAUGUGAUAUAUAUCGACAUAGAAUCUAAAUUUAGUUCAAGAAGGUUGAUUGAGAUUGGAUUAAAAAGUUUCCCUGAGAUAUUCCAUGUGGCAGGAAUGGCACAGGAGAUGGCUGGUAGGAUCGUGGUUUUGCAGCCAGCUUCAUUGGCUGAAUUCACUGAGAGUUUGCAGCAAAUCAAGUUGUCAAUCCUUCAACAUCAGGUGAAAUUGCUCAUCAUUGACAGCAUGGCUGCCCUUGUCUCAGGGGAAUAUGAGAGGGAUUUUAGACCUCCCAGACAGCAGUCAUUGGGUUGGCACAUUUCUUCUAUUAAGUCACUUGCAGAGUUUUCACGAAUUCCUGUCGUGGUGACCAACCAAGUGAGAACUCGAAACAGUGAUGAAUCCCACCAGUACCCUUUCCAAGUUCAAAACAAAGAAGAGAGUAUGAAGGACCAGGGGACAGUUGAGUCUCAUCUUGUUGCCGCUUUGGGAAUCUUCUGGGCUCAUGCUGUGACCAUUCGUCUUGUGCUUGAGGCUAAUUUAGGUCAGAGGUUUAUUAAGGUGGCAAAAUCUCCAUUAUCUCCACCUCUUGCAUUCCCUUUUGAUGUGACUUCAUCAGGGAUUUCAUUACUCAGUGAUGACGGAAUAGAAGUAAUGGGGCCAGAGAUAUGCACAAUUCAUUGUCAAGGUCUGUUGUAA